AUGUAUUCUUUAGUUCUAAAAUUAUGUCUUAUCAUACUAUUUGCCGUAUAUGUACCAAUGCACUAUGUGAUAGGCGAACGUGUUUUGGACACAACGCUUGCAUACCCAUCAUAUUACAAGCUCCGUAAUAAUCAUUUGAGUCCGGGACAUCUUCGCGGGCGCGGCUCUGCAGCAGGUAGUAAACACAUAGGCGAAGGAGCUCCUGAAACUACAAGAGCAGGGGGGGGACCAGGAGAUCCGAAUGACCCGAGGUACCAAAAAGCAAACACAACGACUGAACGAAGACGCACGCCGCCUUAUCGCGAGGAGACUUUGGAAGAACAGUGCGACUACUUAGCCAAGUAUUGUCAAAGAAGUUAUCUAACUGGAAGAAUUUGUGCACGAACAUAUUUUUUUAAUUAUCAAUCAUUUAAAAACUACUGCAUGAUGGAUUAUGUAAAUUGUAUGGAAAGAUAUGAAGUUUGGCAAAUAGUGCAUAUGGGACAAUGUUAUGACCUCAAGGACAAUGCAAAUCAUGAACAUUUUGAAUAUCAAGGUGAUACUUUCUUGGAUUACGACGUUCUACCAAAUGAACAUGUUUGGGAUUUUCAGGGUUAUGUCUGA